AUGCUUUUCUUGACGCCUUUUUCCGAAACAAGAGUACUGAAGCAAGUAACGAUGGCCGUUCCAAGCACCCCUUCCGGCUCAAAACUCGGCCGUCCAGCGCCGUUUACUCCAAGACGGCCACUCUCCAUGGCCUCGACGUCGUCGACGUCCUCCACCGACCUCACAGCGCGUAUAGCACGCACCAACAGCAACUCCAGCCUCCUUUCCUCUACUCAUAAGAAGUACAAGGCACCUUUAUCUGUCGAAUCUCGCUCCAAAAACUUCAGCAAGACCAAGACGGUCUUAGCGCCAGUACCAGGAACUCCAACGAAGAAAGAGGGUACGACCAGCCGUCCAAGGACGCCUGUGACGCCACGUAGGGCGGAUAGCCCCUCUUUGUUGCCAGCAGCCAGCGAAAUGGAUGUCAGCAACGUGGACCCUGAGCAGGUUUUGGUUGAUUUUCAGUCGGUUGAACCUGGCGAUGUGUCAGGUGAGAUUGACGAGGCGUGGCUCAGAGCAGCUGAGCUCGACCAUGGAAAAGAAGAUAAAGUCAUGGUAUCUAUUCGAAUACGUCCCACAGAAUUAACUUCUGCGUGGGUACCCACUCUUGGUUCCAACACCAUCAAACUCGACCCCGCACAUGCCAAGAACGCCUCAUCAGGCAACCCAGCCGCCGCCUUCAACUUUGACGCCAUCCUCACCGGCACUCCGAACAAACCAAUCUAUACAACAGUCGCCCGGUCACAUGUACAAGCCGCCAUGGAAGGCUACAACGCCGUCAUCUUCGCGUACGGACAAACAGCGUCUGGAAAGACCUUCACUUUAAGUGGAGACGAUGCCGAACCAGGUAUCAUCCCCCGUGCGAUGCGGGAUGUCUUCGCUUUCAUCAGACGAACACCCACACGCGAAUACCUCCUUCGUUGCUCGUAUCUCGAGAUAUACAACGAGGCCAUUCACGAUUUACUCGCGCCUCCGUCGAUGGCGGCUGCCAAUCCCGUACAAAUCCAAGGCGGCAGCGGUGGAGACGUUAUCCUUACGCCAUUGCGUGAAGAGGUGGUGACAAGUCUCAAAGGCGUCAAAGAAGUUCUCAAGCGUGGCGAAGGUAACAGGCGGACUGCGUGUACGGACUGGAACGACAGGAGUAGCCGAAGUCACAGCGUUUUCCGCUUGGUGGUUGAGAGUCGGGAGCGGGGCAGUGGAACUUCGUCAGAUGAUGAUGACGAGGUUCAAACCUCCAGUCCUGCGAUGAACGGACGACAUACCCCAGGUCUAAAUGGGCGACAGACCCCUGGGCUUAAUGGGAGGCAAACUCCUGGACCCGGUGGUCCAAGGCUACAAGCAAGAGGAGGCAGAAGCGUUCAAACUUCAGUCCUCAGUCUAAUUGAUCUCGCUGGUUCGGAGAAGGCCACUUCUGAUAAAGAACGUACCAGGGAGGGGAAAUAUAUCAACACAAGUCUUUUAACACUUGGAACCGUAAUCGGAACUUUAGCCGACAACGCUGCGAAGAAUAAGAGCGACCAUGUCCCCUACCGCAACUCCAAGCUAACCCGGAUGCUUCAGCCUUCGCUCUCCGGAAACGCUCGUAUCAGCGUUAUUUGCACCAUCAACCCCGACGUCAAUGCCGUUGCUGAGAGCACAAGCACUUUGCUUUUCGCCAAGCGGAUCAAGAACGUCCAGCUUCACGCACAAAAGAAGGAGGUCGUAGAUACCGAAGCUCUCAUUGAGCGAUAUAGAAGGGAAAUUGAGGAUCUGAAGAAGAGAUUGGCAGAGAGGGAGGCUGAGGUUCCCGUCCGUUCUCGCAGGCUAUCUGCUCGAGAGCAAGUGGACGAGUCGAAGGCUAUGAAGGACCUUAACGGUCGCAUCCAACAAUUGACCAAGCUUAUUCUUACGAGUCAGACGGUGGAUGAAGUUAAAGGAGACGAUUCUCGACCUGCUAGUCCUGUCAAAGUUGACUUUGACAUGUCUCCUUACCAACUUCAACAAGAGUUGUUGGCUGCGCGAUUACAGCUAGAGUCGCAAGCGACGCAGAUUCUUUCUCUUGAAGCGGCGUUGACUGCACGGCCACCACUUGAUGCGAAUGCCCCAGAGAGUGACAAAGACAAGCUUAUCGCAGAGCAGAGCAAGACCAUUAGGGAAUUGGAGAUCGUUGUCGCUGGGUACGAGGAGAAUCUUGGAGAGCCAUUGCGUGCCGUCCGGGAGGACGUGGAGAAGGAGUGGGUGGAGAAGUAUGAUGAGGAGGUGAGGAAACGGGAGGAGAAGGAACGUUGGGCUGAGGUUCUGGUUAAGGAGCUUGAUAAAGAGAAGAAGUCGAGGACGAAGCUGGAGGAUGAACGUCGAGCCCUCACAGCCUUCGUUUCCAAAUUCGAUUCUCUGGGCUUGGGGCUGACCCUCCCCCCUUCUUCCAAAUUGAUGCCCGCAAAGCCUACGCCAGGAGGCGCGGCCGCUGCGUUCGCCGAACGCCAACAAGCAAAGCAGUCGUUGGCGUCGUCCUAUCUCGCAAACGUACUGGCGAAUCGCAAGUCGGAAUUCAACAUCGAGGCGGACUCUCCCAUGCGAUUGGGGGGUGCGGAGUUGAAGGCCCAGCCUAGCUUGUUGGAGCAGGUGAUGCCGGAGGAGGAGUGGGGCGUUACGGAUAUGAGUUUUGAUGAGAUUGAGGUUGAGAAUCAGCUCCUUCCGAUGUCUGAGUCGCCUCCGCGUGCGCCUGCGCCUGUGAAGUUUUUUGGGGUGCAGAAGGUGAGGGGGGUGUUGGGGGAUAAAGAGAAUUUGCCGAGCGUAUAA